AUGAGUGAACAGACACUCAGAGGCUAUAGGCCUCUUGCACCUCGCACCAGGCUGCUCGGUGGAAGUGGAGGGGAAGGCGGAGAUGGAGCAGGAAGUCCUGGCGGAAGUGCCCCAGAAGAGAAACGGAUGAGGCGAGCAUCGACAGCUUGUACGGAGUGUCAAAAACGCCGGACUAGGUGUACCGGCCCACCUCAUUGCACCGAAUGUUCAACCCACGCCCGCGAAUGUGUCUUUGAUGAAGCCGCCGACAGACGCCGCAAGGCAUCCGCCAAGCGAAUUCAGGAUCAAUUGGACCAUUUCAGGUCAUUUCUGGAUGAUCUCAUCGGCCUUAUCCGAGACAGUGACGGUCCGACGGUGCAAUUGAUCGUCAAUACCAUACGAUCGGGAUCAACCCCUGGAGAGAUUCGAGAUUCUCUUACCCGUCUAUUGGAAGAUGAUCAUCAAACCAACUCCCACAUUUCAGGCACACACGACUCACACCUAAACCUAAACAUCACUCCGAACAAUAACAUGGGCAAUUACUUCAACCCCCCUGGCUGA